GUCGGCCGGGGCCUUUCGGCUGGGCCCUCGCAGCCAGGGCCGGACGGCGGCAAAGCCCCGCUCACCUCUGUUCCUCCGGUAGGUCGUCGCGGGAGGCGACCUUUCCUCGCCGACGGGGCGUCCCUGAGGCCCUGCAGCACGAGGGCGGCUCCGCACGGCGUCAACAAAGCCGUCGUAGAUCGCAUCAUCCGCGUGGACCACGCCGGGGAGUACGGCGCCAAUCGCAUCUACGCCGGGCAGAUGGCCGUGCUGGGCAGGUCGGCCGCGGGGCCGCUCAUCCAGCAAAUGUGGAAUCAAGAAAAAGAACACCUGAAGAAAUUUAAUGAGUUAAUGAUUACAUACAGAGUCCGCCCUACUGUCUUAUUGCCUUUUUGGAAUGUAGCAGGCUUUGUUUUAGGGGCUGGAAGCUCUCUACUUGGAAAGAAGGGUGCAAUGGCUUGCACAGUGGCUGUGGAAGAGAGCAUAUCAGACCACUAUAACAACCAGAUCCGAACUCUAAUGGAAGAAGAUCCAGAAAAGUACAAAGAACUGAUGCAGAUAAUAAAGCAAUGUCGGGAUGAUGAACUGGAGCACCAUGACAUUGGGCUUGAGCAUGAUGCAGAGAGAGCACCAGCUUAUACUGUUUUGAAGACAGUGAUACAACUUGGAUGCAAAGCUGCAAUAUAUUUGUCAGAAAGAAUUUAGUGCUAUUUUCAAUAAUGAUUGCAGUAAUAAACUGUGAAACAAAAGCUUUAUUUUAUUCA